GUGUAUGAAGUAGCCCGUUGCCAUGACGUCAGAUGCCAGCCACAUGCUGGACGCAGCCUUGGAGCAAAUGGAUGACAUUAUCGCUGGAGGGUUCUGCGAGGCCUUCUUGAAGUUUGGGGCCCAGGGUUACCCCUCCCAGGGUUCGGACUCUGCCCUCAUUCCUGCCCUGACCUCAGCCAUUACCCCCGACAUCAGGGUGCUGCAGCUGGUAGAGGAUCUCAGGGUAGCCCUGGAGGGCCAGGAGUCCAUGAGGAGACAGGUCCCCAUAGACACAGCACACGCCCUGUUAGAAUGGCUGGAGAAGGGAGGGGUGAGUACCUUCAACACAGCCUAA